GUAAAAGAAAAACAUACAUACAUCAUGACCCUAUCAGACAUUGUCUUAUUAUAUUGUCCUCCUGUGUUUAUUUUUAUUGUAAAAUUAAUUGCGUUUUUUACAUGUAAGGUGACGCAGCGCAAUGUAAACGAAGUAUGGAUAAAGACAGUGCCUCUAAACGCUGGGUGCUGGUGGAUGAAAUCUCUUGCGGAGAAGAUGCUCCACUGUUAAACUCAUCAGUGUCAGUUUCGACAGACUCUGAUCAAGAGUCCGAUGGCAGCAUUAGCAUUAUAAGUGACUUCCCGACAGGCAACAAUUCUGAAGAGGAACAUGAACCUGUUGAUGCCUGCAAAAAUCAGGUCCUACAUGAUAUAGAAAUAGACGAAUCUCCAGAAUUGAAUGUUCAUGAUGAGGAGGGUGUAGUACAUCAAACUACCCCAAAUAUUCUUAUUUCAAAUAACUCUGAUUCCACUAAUACCCUUACAGAGACUUGUAACAUUGAUACAAAUAGAUUUGAAGAUGUAGUUGAUGAAGAAACUCAGGCAAACAUAAUGGCAACUUCCUUGGAAACCCAAACUAACCCUAAUUUAACAUUAGAAAAAACUUCUCAGACAACUGAUGUAGCUGAACUAAGAACUCAGCAAUAUGAAGGAAAUCAAUCUAGCAUGAUUGGUUAUGGACUUAUUGCCUCAUUUUUAGUGAUAAUAUUUUCCUCCUUUUUCCAGCAGUAUACUGAUUAUAAUCAGGCAGGAAAACAAAUCCACUCGAAUUACAAGAAUUUUGAGCCUCAAAAUGAGAGGGAAAAUGCCAUUUUAGAGUUCUGUGUUGACAAAAAUAAAUUUAAAGGUGACUAUUUUGACACAGCUGUUGAAAAAUGCAUUGCCAAAAGACUAAGGAGGAUGGAAAAAGAGGAUGGAGUCAAGAAAACCCAGGUCUACUUGGAAAUUAAGGAAAAAUUAUUGGAUUUGAGGGAGAAGGAACUUGCCAGGAAGGAGAAGGAACUGGAGAAAGCCUUAAAAGGGAGUGAGGAAAGAAUUUAUAAAAAGAAACAUACUGAUCUUAAUAAAAAAUUAAAAGAGGAAACUAAAAAGAAAAAAAAAGAAGUGAAGAGAAAAGAAAAAGAAGGAAAAAAGAGACAAGAGGAAACCACCUAUAAAAAGUGGCAACAAAAAAAACAUAAAGACUUUCACUCAGGCAACAAUACCAUAAUUAAAUCCAAACACAAAAGAGGCAAAAGCAACCAAACUGUAGAUGGCCAAUGGUACUUCCAGCUUUAUGGAAAUUCGCGUUUCGACCAUCGCAAUAGGGGAAAAGCUUCUGAAUGGUACUUUAAAAGGGCAAAUUUAAGGGAGAAUAAAAGAAACAAGGCUAGGUGGUAUUUUGAGUACAUGUCCAACAGGGAUGAUUCAAGGGUGUUUUAUUCUUAAAUAAAUGUGGGUCCUAGAGCUAUAAAUUGUCUUUAGCUAUAUUUGGGAUAGUAAAAAUCUGUGUUUAAGUAUUGCAUUACUUAAUGCAAAUUACCUUAAUUUUUUGUUGGAACACUAUGUUAGUCUUAAGUUACCAUUUAAAAAAAGUAUUUUAUGUGUGAUCAAUAAUUUUAAGUGUGGUUAUUUUAUUAUAUUUAUAUAGAGACAUUGUUAAGGCAUAAGACUCAUUAAAACAACAUUAUUUUAAUACGAAUUUGUUUAUCUGGGACGAUAUUAGUAAGCAAAACGCUAUGUCGAGCAUCAUAAUAUAUAAUUAAUUUAUGCAGUACCUAGUUAGUAGGUAGUAGAUUAAAUUAAAUAUUUAAUGUGGGUUUUUAUUUAGCCAGGAGAAGCCUAAUUGGUUUUAUAUACAUUUCCCUGUAAAUGUUUGUUGAGCAAUAUAUUUUUACAUAUUCAUGAAAAAUUAAUAUAUUUUUGUCUUCUAGCCA